AUCAGCUUUGGUGUUGAUGUGAUAUGCACUUAUUUGAUGUGAUGAUGAAUUUUAUAUAUAUUCAAAUGACUUGUGGUAUAAGUAUAUGCGAGAAAGAUCGAUACUUACGCCGCUCUGGUGGGAUGAAAUGGAGGUAUUGAAGUUUAUUUAUCGAUUUGAGGUAAGUUUGAUGUCAAUUGGUGAUCUAUGUUAUCGACUGUAGGGUAUUGUUGACAGUCGGUUUGAAACCGAAUAGAUGUUCUGUUUUAUCGACGUGGGUUAAGAGUUUUUUUUCUGAAUCUUAACGUUUUUUAGCCUUUCUCUCUCGAUUACAUCAUGUUUUUUACGUCAUCCGACAAGUUUGAACCUGUUUUUUUCGCGUCGUCAUCGUGAAUUUUAACGGUUUUUACCCCCUCCUCUCUCGAUUACGUCAUGUUUUUACGUCAUCCGACAAGUUUAAACCUGUUUUUGGUGUUGUCGUCGUUGGGAGGGGAUCGUUGGUGGGAAGUUAUACUUACUUGCCUCCAAAUUUCAGUCCUCUGCCUGCAGUUACUUCAAUCAGUCGUUCAGUUUAAAAAAAACUUGUGUCUUUUGUUAAAAAUAUUUAAAAUUGUGUACUCUACAGAAAAUCAACUUAAUAAUUCAAAAAUGGAUUUGAGUGCUAUCAAUAAAAUCAACAACUUACCGAACUUUUUACCAACUAAAAAGUUUGAAGAACUGCAUCUGAACAAGAUUUAUCAAAUCACGGAAAUUAAGAAAGUCAACACAAAAUAUGGACCAAAAAUUUUGGGAAUUGUGAAAAACGAGUUUUCAAUCUUCUUCCCGAAUCGAACCAACCGGAAGCUCAUUGAUGAUGAAGAGCAGUUAACUUCACUGAUCGAUUUAGCCUCAGCAGGAGAACUUCACUUGAAUUAUUUCGGAACAGCUUAUCACAAGUUUGAAUUUCUUAUCAAACCUUCAUAAUCAAGAAUAAAUUAUAAAUUACUUCAAUUAAAUUUAU